GGCCGUUGUCUGGCGGGAGCCGCCAUCCCGCCUCGCAGCCGUGAGAGGGUGGGAAGGAGCCGGUGCCCGUGGCAGCCCCGCACAGCCUAGCUCCGGCCUGCUUGGGCCUCGCUCCGCUGCGAGCUUUUCCCUAAGUUUGUAGAUUCCCGCAUGACUCGAUUCCGAAGCCUCUCGCUUUUUAACUGCUUUACCUUGCUUGUCCGGGCAGGCUCGGCAUGGCGCUGCGCGCCGACCAGGUGAGCCUCAUCGGGCAGGUGUUCGAGUCCUACCUGCUGCAGCACCACCGGGAUGACAUCCUCGGCAUCCUGCGCCAGGCGGACGACGAGGCGCACUAUCCGAUCCUCGUCGACGCCCUGACGCUGUUCGAGACCAACAUGGAGAUCGGGGAGUACUUCAACGCCUUCCCCAGCCAGGUGCUGCCCAUCUUUGAUGGAGCGCUGCGCCGGGCUGCCAUGGCGGUGCUGCAGGCUGCCACGCCAUCCCCGGAGCUCCGCAUGAAGCCCAACCUCCACACCAGGAUUUCAGGUUUGCCCAUUUGCCCAGAGCUGACUCGAGAGCACAUUCCUAAGACUAAGGAUGUGGGUCACUUCUUGUCUGUCACUGGGACUGUCAUCCGUACCAGUUUGGUGAAAGUGCUGGAAUUUGAGAGGAGCUACAUCUGCAAUAAGUGCAAACACGUUUUUGUGGCUAAGGCUGACUUUGAGCAGUACUAUGCUUUCUGCCGUCCAUCAGCCUGCUUGAAUGAAGAGGGCUGCAACUCAACCAAGUUCACGUGCCUCUCUGGAACAUCCUCCUCCCCUACCAGCUGCAGAGAUUAUCAAGAAAUCAAAAUUCAAGAGCAGGUUCAAAGACUGUCUGUCGGAAGCAUCCCUCGUUGCAUGGUGGUUGUUCUGGAAGAUGACUUAGUGGACAGUUGCAAAUCUGGAGAUGACAUCACAGUGUAUGGAGUAGUAAUGCAGAGAUGGAAACCUUUCCAUCAGGAUGCACGCUGUGACUUGGAGCUUGUUUUGAAAGCCAACUACAUUAAAGUAAAUAAUGAGCAGCUAGCAGGUGUAAUAAUUGACGAAGAAGUCCGCAAGGAAUUUGAAGACUUCUGGGAAAAGCAUAGGAAUAAUCCCUUAGCAGGGAGGAAUGAAAUUUUGGCUAGCUUAUGUCCUCAAGUGUUUGGAUUGUACCUGGUAAAGCUGGCUGUAGCCAUGGUGCUUGCUGGUGGUGUGCAGAGGAUUGAUGCUACUGGAACUCGAAUCAGAGGUGAAUCACAUCUUCUGUUAGUUGGAGACCCAGGAACAGGGAAAUCUCAGUUUCUCAAGUAUGCGGUAAAGAUUACACCACGGUCUGUGCUUACUGCAGGAAUUGGAUCUACAAGUGCAGAGCCACUUUGUCAACAGUGAUUCAGAUAGAGGGAACCCAGUCUCUAUGUCAUUUCAGGAGAACAAACUCAUACUGACAUCCA